AUGGGACGGACGUCUUUUGAGAGCCAACCUCAACUAGAGUCGAUUCAACUCGACACGACCACGCCUGGGGAUUCCUCCUCUCUCUCCCCAGAUGUCCCCUCGGAACACGAACAUGAAGGAGUCUCGCUUCCUCCCGUCGACACGGGUAAAGACGCGAUGCUGUUCUUGACGGCUUGCUUCAUCAUCGAGUGUCUUGUCUGGGGUUUCCCCUUUGCCUUUGGUAUUUUCCAAAACUACUACAGCACUCAUGAACCGUUCAAAGGCUCUUCUAGUAUUGCCGCAAUCGGUACAACUGCAAUGGGAACCAUGUACCUGUCCGCCCCCUUUGUUUUCCCUCUCAUGAGGCUCUAUCCCAAGCAAAACCGAUAUGGUCCCCUUGCUGGGCUCCUCAUCAUGUGUGCUGCUCUUGCAUUGAGCUCUUUCGCACAAACUGUCUGGCACCUGAUCCUGACCCAGGGUGUUCUCUUCGCCAUCGGCGGCUCGAUCUGCUACGGUCCCUGCAUUCUUUACAUGGACGAGUGGUUCGUGAAAAGGAAAGGAAUUGCAUUUGGAACAAUGUGGGCCGGCACAGGCCUUGGUGGAUUUGCAAUUCCAUUGUUGCUCGAGUUCUUGCUGGGACGAUACGGACUACGGACGACACUUCGCAUCUGGGCCGUUGCCCUCUUUGUACUGACGAUACCUGUGGUGUACUUUAUCAAGCCCCGACUCCCAGUCUCUGUCAAGUCGAACUACAAGCCAUUCAAGCUAGGCUUUUUGCUUGACCGCUCGUUCUUGAUGUAUCAAGCAGCAAAUAUUGUCGAAGCCCUGGGAUUCUUCAUGCCUGGCCUCUACCUGCCGUCGUACGCCAGCUCGAUCCUCGGCUCUGAGGCAUUCCCCGCCGCGUUGACUAUCCUAGCCGUCAACGUGGCUUCUGUGUUUGGGUGCAUCGCCAUGGGGGUCUUUGUUGAUCGAUUUCACCCUACUACGUGCAUCAUGAUUUCGACCGUGGGUACGGUUAUCGGGACAUUCUUGCUGUGGGGAUUUGCGACCAACAUGGCCGUCCUGUACGUCUUUUGCGUCAUAUACGGCUUCUUCGCCGGAUCUUAUACGUCCACUUGGACUGGUGUUAUCAAGCAGGUUACAUCCAAGCCGAGCCAGACAGGCACUGCGAAUGCAGGAUCUGCUUUUGACCCAGUCAUGAUCUUUGGAUAUCUCGCAGCCGGCCGAGGCAUUGGCAAUGUUGUAUCAGGACCUUUGAGCGAGGCCUUGGUCAAGGGCAUGGCGUGGCAGGGACAGGCUGCCGGCGGCUAUGGAAGUGGUUAUGGUCCGGUCAUUGCUUUUACAGGAGCCACGGCCGUGAUUGGGGGCACGUCUUUCUUGUGGAAGCGCAUCGGAUGGAUGUGA